CGCGAAUUCCACUCCUGCAUUUGGAACACCUGCUCCAGCRUUCGGAUCAGCACCRGCUCCAGGUGGUUUUGGAGGUAGUAAGUCAACGUCUUAAUUUUUGGAUCAAGAUAUGAAAUUUUAUUGCUUCGGCUCUAACCAGUUCUCUCUAAUCUAUCAUUCUUGUUCUCGCGACCCACAAACAAUAGAUACGUUCGGAUCCACUGCGGCGAACACAGGUGGAUUCGGUAGUUCUGGCGGUUUUGGAGCAGCACCGGCUCCUGGAGGUUUCGGUGCUGCACCCGCUCCAGCGUUUGGGGCUCCGGCGCCAGCUACAGGUUUCGGAGCGCCAUCCCCAGGUGGUUUUGGAGCACCCGCUGCAAGUAGUCCUUUUGGAGCUCCUGCACCAGCACCUGGCGGUCUCUUUGGGAGUGCUCCAGCACCGGCAACCGGUGGACUUUUCGGAAGUACAGCCGCACCGACGACAGGUGGAUUUGGAGCACCAGCACCCGCAGCUGGUGGCUUCGGUGGAGGCGGGGCAUUUGGUGCGAGUACGACACCUGCUUUCGGAGYUCCGGCCCCUUCUACUGGCGGUCUUUUUGGUAGUGCACCUGCUCCUGCAACAGGUGGACUYUUCGGGAGUACACCUGCACCGGCACCCGGUGGGUUUGGUGCAAGCUCAGGAGGAUUUGGUGCGUCACCAGCACCGGCUUUUGGAGCGCCAGCUCCUGCCACAGGGAUGUUCGGAGCACCCGCUGCAGCACCCAGCGGUGGGUUGUUUGGAGCUCCUGCAGCUCCCGCUGGUUCGGGAGGCACCAAGAUUGCUGCCUUCCAACCGGCAGUUCGUCCAGAUGGAACAAGUCAAAUCACAUUACAUUCCAUUUCUGCCAUGCAACAAUACAGCACCAAAUCGGCUGAGGAACUUAGAUUCGAAGAUUAUAGUCUAGGAAACAAAGGAAGUGCCGGCGCUCAAACUGGCGCAUUCGGUUCUCCUGCAGCUGGUGCAUUCGGUGCCCCUGCACCUGCUACCARUGCUUUCGGAGCCCCAGCACCAGCUCCCGGAGGUCUCUUCGGUUCUGCCCCCGCACCUGCAACAACUUUUGGCGGAUUUGGUGCACCUGCACCAGCAACCGGUGCAUUUGGGGCUCCGGCAGCCCCAGCUUUUGGUGCUGCCCCUGCACCCGCAACAGGUGCAUUUGGUGCUCCAGCCCCAGCGUUCGGUGCGGCUCCUGCACCGGCUGGAGGUCUGUUUGGUGCAUCGGCACCUGCUCCAGCAGGAGGGAGUCUCUUUGGGGCACCAUCACCUGCACCGGCGGGAGGAUUAUUUGGCUCGACCCCUGCUCCUGCACCUACUACCAGUUUUGGCGGAUUUGGAACCCCUGCACCUGCCCCUGCUCCAGCAUUUGGUGCUGCUCCUGCACCGACGGGAAGUUUAUUUGGAACACCGGCGCCCGCUCCAGCGACAGGUAGUCUAUUUGGGGCACCGGCACCCGCACCAGCUUUUGGUGCUGCUCCUACUCCUGCGCCCGCUUUUGGUGAGUUUCAUAUGCAAUUCUUCGCAAUCAUAGGUGACGGUUAUACCUCUCGAUUACUUUUGACACAUUUGGUAAUAGUUUCCUCACAGUUUUUGUUUGCUUGAAUUCAAUGUUUUUUGCUUCAGGAGCAACAACUGGUGCUUUUGGAGCUCCAGUCCCAUCGACCGGUUUGUUUGGCUCAACACCUGCACCUGCUCCAGCGGGAGGAGGUCUUUUCGGGGCAGCCCCAGCGGCGCCAUCUAUCUUCGGUGCCCCUGCUCCAGCRCCAGGAUCUAUCUUUGGAGCACCAGCUCCACCGCCUGCCGGGCCUCCUCAAGCAGCUGCUCCGUAUGCCCCACCUGCGCUUGGCGCGGUGAUGCCUCCUGCCGCAAAUGAAAUCAUGGCAUCUCAACUAGCCGCACUCGAGUCAAAGCGGAAGGAAAUGGAGCAGAAUGAUAACUUCCGAAACAAACCAGCGGAAUCAUCAUCUGUUACGGCUCUAACAUUGAGUGAAAGUCAAAGCAAGAGAAGCACGAUUGUUCCUACCACUCCAGCGAGAAUUUCUUCUUACAGAGCAUCUCCAAUGUCGAACGCAAAGCUUCGACCACGAGGAUUUGCUUCUCCUCCAUCAGAAACCAAUGGCAAUAAUAUACCCCAGUCUUUAAGCAAGCUUGGAACUGGUGGAAAACCGAUGGCRGCACCUGAAACAGUUGCUGCGUCAUCUGCGACUCGUUUGAUCAUUGCGCCAUCUCCGAAACCAAAGUUGAAACUUACCUUGGGAGGUGGAGAGAAGAAGGUCAUCAGCAAUAUACCAAACACGACGCCCAGAAAGGCAAAUGGCRGCGUUUUGAAUGGAGGUCUCGGGUCCAURAAGAAAGUAGCAAACACUCCAGAACCGGUAUCCACUCCCCAAAACUUCAAUACRACCGCAAUGGAUGGUUCGUCGGACACACCAAGAGACGAGAACUUAGAUCGGGCUCAACAAUAUUAUCAACAGACAGUCGACUCUUCUGAGAAUUCGGCCGACACCCCUGGCAAAAACAAGAAACAAACCGUAGCACCUACUCUUUCUAAAGAGGGAUACAGUUGUCAUCCUUCCAUCGAUUCACUUAAACAAAUGGAACCAGCAGACUUGGCGGCUGUUUCGAACUUUUGCGUAGCACGAACGGGUGUUGGAAAAGUUGAAUGGGAAGGUGCCGUGGAUGUCCGGGAGGCAAAUUUGGAUCGAAUUAUACUCAUUGAACCUAAGUCGGUAUCCAUUUAUACCGAAGAAGAAGAGAAUGGUCGAAAACCAGAAGUCGGUACAAAACUUAACCGUCCUGCUAUUUUGACAUUGGAAGGUGUCUUCCCCCCAGACCCCAAUGAUCCUGAUAAGUUUUCGAGGAAGGUCGCCAGGGUAACAAAGAAUAUGGACGCUGAAUUGCUCGGCUACGACCCAUCCACCGGAGAAUGGAUUAUGCGAGUAAAACAUUUUAGUCGGUAUGGCCUGGAUGACGACUCAGACGACGACGAAGAGAUGGAAAACAAGCCAACGAAACAGCUAAAACAGUAUCCAGAGAAUCGGGAACGAAGAGUGGAUUUUAGGUUCGGGGAACGCGAGGGGCGUUCCCCGCUUUCGAGCAAAGAUGGUUCCAAAAAAAUGGCUCGACAGGACACCCCAUACAAGAUGAAAGGUGGUUUCAUUCUUGAUGGAGAUAGYGAAGAGAAAGAAGACCAAACGAUGAAAACAAUCGAUUCGAUGACUGAAGCUUCUAUAAUGGAUGAAGCAGAGAAGGCGUUUAUCCAAAUGCAAACGUCGCUUGAGGCGGAGAAUGCAGCUGUUGCCAUGAGGAAGAAAAUUGAAAAGGCUACAGCCACGUUUUCGGAAGAAGGCAUUUCUAUUGCAGAGGAAAAGGGUUCAUUGGGAACUGUGAGAUACAUUCCUGAUUYGAAAGACUUACAAGAGGCUGAAUCUAUGCCGAGCUUUUCAUCCAGAAUUGUGAAAUCAAAAUCCAUCGCAACCAACAAGUCAAGCAGCAUAGACUUUGGAUUGCGGAUGGGGCGAUCUUUUCGCGUUGGCUGGAGUCCUAAUGGAUCUUUCUUAUCCUUGGCGAAAAACAGCAAAAGAUUUCUUAUCAGAAAAAGACCUAAGGUUGAAGAAUUGAACAUCCCCCUAGAAACGAAGCUUUUGGARGCUCAUAAGAUGCGCGUAGAAGAAGUCCAUAGAGAAGGCGACUGUCCUCUUUUUUCAUUGCCGUCGCGUGGUCUCAMCAAUAAUUCUUUGAAGAAGACUUUGGAGACAUACUCCGAAGUCUUGAAAGAUAAAAAGGGAUUUUUAGGUUCCGCUUAUUCGUUACUUCAGGUUUUCCAAGAAACAAAGACUAUGGAUAACACAGCCAACAGUCAAAUCCUUGCAUACGGUGAUGCUAGAAAGCCCGAAAGUCAUGUCAUUGAAAAUCACUGCAUGAUCUCGAUCACGCGCUGGUUUGUUGAGACAUGCAGUGCUGAAGUUCAGAAAGAAAUCAAUCAGGCCGGAGUAUCYCGCGAAAAGUAUCGAGCACUCCUAUCAGCRGUCAGUGGCGGUGAUCUCUCCACAGCAACAAAGAUAGCCGAGGAUGAAAAUCUAUUUCAGCUAUCAAUUUUACUGGCAUCGGGCCCCGAAUGUAGGAAAGAUGUCUUCCAAGAAGUCAUGGCUUGGAGGAAACAAGGAAUUGCGCAAGGGAUGCAUGAAAAUCUCUCGCGGAUUUAUCGCUUAAUUUCUGGAGACCUUGGAAUGGAGGAAAAUAUUUUCAAGCAUUCAACAAAAGGAAGUCAAAAUUUUGAUUGGAAACGACGAAUGGUGAUGAAACUGAUGUUUGCAAAACCGGAAAAUUCUUGUAAAACGUUGUUAUCUGCGAUUACGCAGUACGAARCAGAUGUUUCCAAUGGAGUUGCACCAUUUCCAUCGGCUCUCUACUGCGAUGGGCAUGUCGAGAGUACGUUGUUUCGACUGCUGAGACUUGGGACCCAAGCCGCAYUUCCAAGUUCGGAAYUUUCCUUGUCAAGCGUUGUGGAUCCAUCGGGUUACACAAGUGAUCGCAAUAAYUUUUCUGUUUCUUUCCACCUAGCAUCGUCGAUAACGUCAAUCUAUGAAUCAGCAUCAUUGACCCCCGAACAAGAGUGUACGCUUCUGGAUGGAUAUGCAUUUCAGCUGAAAUCUCACGGACUUUGGGAAUGGGCGGUUUAUGUUUUUCUCUAUGUCCUAUCUGAUAAUGCCAAUCAAGGGCCCACUUGGCGGAUUGAGCGAGCGAAGGAUUUAGUGCUGCAAAAUUAUUGCGACGACGGUGCCGAAAAURCCAAAAAGAGACAUUUCCUUGAGAAGCUGGGGCUGCCGUUUUCCUGGUUUGAGGAAGCUUUAUCUUAUCGCUCUCUYGGUACUAGCAACGUUUAUGGAUACAUUGAACACAAACUCAAUGUGGAGAUCACCGAAGGGACAAAGAUACUUGAGCGAACUUUUGUUCCCAAUAUUCUUUUUACCAAUAGGGAAGAUCGAGAUAAAGUUCUAGCGCUACUGGAAGGUCUUGAGUCAUCUGCUGAAACCAAAUCCUUAACCCUUGCUGUUUUGAAGUUUUUUGACAUUCUAUACAGGAUUGAAGAGCUCGAGAUGGCUUCUCGAGAAGAGAUCGACGAUUCUGUGCCGACUCUUUUGAAAGCUUGCGAAGAGAUCAAACAUACUUUUUCUUCCUACAAGGCUAGUGAAGAAAAACUGGUAAACCAUGGUCUCGAUAUCGUACCUGAAAAAGAAACUGUCCCGAUGGGCUCUUUCUUGUCAGAAGCUUUGUACCAGACAUCUCACUUUGAGCUUCAGAUCCUAGCACUGAAAGAAGGUAUGGGCAUCUCAAGUACGGCUUCUCAAAUGCUGAAGCUUAUAAAAUCACAGGGUGUUGGCAACAGGGAAAAUAUUUGUCGAUGGCUGAUGUAGGUACAAAUAAUYUCUGAUCUAGUAGAAUCGUCCAUUUCAUUUAAAGCUGUAUUAGCAUGAACUUCCCUAAGUCAAGUUGUACGGUAUGCUUGAUGAAAAGGAAAUCUCUUUUAAUCAAGCACGUAUUACUCGUUGUACCGCCGUGCUGUAAGUUCCUACAGUACAACUCCUACUGAUUCGCCAAAAGAUAAUUCUGCCUACAGCAGUCAACAUUAGUUCGCGACUGACCAUUUUUUAUUGUACCUGUUGUGAUGGCUAUGGGAUGAUUCUUCUCAAAAAAAUUGAGUAGGUAAUGUAGGUACUGGUACUCGUACUCGUACUCGUAGAUAGAAGUUGUAAGUCCAAGUACGUACCGGUACGUACAAGUGCUGUACCGUACUGAGCGAUCGUUCUUGACACUKGGUCUUCGUUCUUGGUUGAUCUGAGCGAUUCAAAUAUUGUUUUCGUCAAGAACCUCCRAAGUGAAGUACAAGAAGCAUUAAGGCAAAUAGGACCAUCCUUGGGCACUGGGAAAACGGACAUGCCGGUGCUUACCAUGUUGCCUAUUCYCACGGCAAGUGUUUCAUCUCGUUUCAUCUAUCGCUCUUCAACGGUGUCUCUUUCUUCUUUCGAUUUCACCAGAAGGCGUUUGUUUAUUCCAACAAGAACAWUUGCGACAGCAAGCGAGGGCAAUGCCUCAGUAUCGAAUAGCAAACAAAAGAAUUUUCAGUUGGGCACUUUGCGAGUGGUUGGACCAGACAGUCAUGGGAUCUUGGUGGCGUGUACUAAAGUGUUGAAUCGUCAYAAUUGCAAUAUUGUGAAACACGAGCAAUGGACAGACAUCCGGCAAAACAUGUUCUUUUCUCGGCUUAGCUUUCACUACAACGACGACAAGAGUGCAAUCCACGGAACAAACACAAGCUUCAAAGCUGUUGACAAGGUUGCUUGCGAGGACGACCUGACUGAGUUGUUCCCUUCUAACAGAUUGAAAGCUCUCUGGGAUUGGAGAGAUCGAAAGAAGAAAUUGGGGAUCUUGGUUUCGAAAUACGAUCAUUGUUUGUGGGAAUUGCUAUUGAGACACAAAGCGAGAGAGCUCGAUGCAGACAUUCAUGUUGUCAUUUCCAAUCACGACGCGCUGCGCCCUAUCGUUGAAACCUUUGAYAUYCCCUUCMACGUCACACCCAUCGAGAAACCAACAUCUAAAGCUGGGGCGACUUCGGAAGAUGAUUACACAAGGUCAGACAAAUCUACGCUUCCUCUGCAUGAGUUAAGACAGCUCGAAUUACUAAAAGAAGUCGAUGUCGUGAUCCUUGCACGCUACAUGCAGAUUCUAAGCCCAGAAUUUCUGAAUCAUUUUCCUCCCGACGGUAUUAUCAACAUUCAUCAUUCCUUUUUACCGGCAUUCAUUGGAGGGUCACCCUACCAUCAGGCCCACGAACGUGGGGUGAAAUUGAUCGGCGCAACGGCUCACUACACAACAGAAGAGCUYGAUGAUGGGCCAAUCAUAGAGCAGGAUGUAACCACCGUUUCACACCGUGAUUCGGUGAAACAGCUCAUGAAGAAGGGGCGMGUCUUAGAAAGGAACGUGUUACUGAAAGCUAUUGAGGCGCACUUAGAUGAUAGGGUCAUCGUUCACGGAAAUCGCUGUAUUGUGUUUGGGGACUAAAUCAUCAUGGUAAGCAGUACGGCAUCAGCAUCAAUCGGCAAAACGAAUGCCAGCGACAAGUGUUGUAUCUUGUCAUCUCCGAGGAUUCUUUCAGURUAGAUCGCUUCAGAAAUCAAGUAURUAACCAUUU